UGCUCCUGGGGCACCAUAGUCGUACAGAGAGAGAUCGGUACUGGAAGAUCUCUCUGGGGAAGAAAUUGAAACUAUCAGAUCUAUUCAACUGCCUUGUAGAUCCACUGUCAAAUCAUGUCUUCGUUCAGCGGCGAUGAGACGGCACCGUUUUUCGGCUUCCUUGGAGCCGCAGCUGCCCUCGUCUUCUCCUGUAUGGGAGCUGCCUAUGGCACAGCUAAGAGUGGUGUAGGCGUGGCCUCGAUGGGUGUCAUGAGACCUGAGCUGGUUAUGAAGUCUAUCGUUCCUGUUGUUAUGGCUGGUGUUUUGGGUAUUUAUGGCCUUAUUAUUGCUGUUAUAAUCAGUACCGGGAUUAAUCCUAAGGCCAAAUCAUAUUACUUGUUCGAUGGUUAUGCACAUCUCUCCUCUGGUCUUGCCUGUGGGCUGGCUGGUCUCUCUGCUGGAAUGGCUAUUGGUAUUGUUGGUGAUGCUGGUGUUAGAGCGAAUGCCCAACAGCCUAAACUGUUCGUUGGAAUGAUUCUCAUCCUCAUCUUUGCUGAAGCUCUUGCUCUCUAUGGUCUUAUUGUUGGUAUUAUCUUAUCUUCUCGUGCUGGCCAGUCCAGAGCAGAUUAGAGAAGGAGUAACGCUGCCAAAUAUUCUUUCGUCGCCUAUUUAUUUAAAUCUUCCUAUUAGUGGUUCGACGUUGUGAAUUUUGGUUAUCACGAGAUUGGUGAUUUGGUGGCAUCAAUCCAGGCUUUAGAUACCACACGUUAAUGGGGAUUGUUCCAUCGGCCGUUUGGCGGUGUUCUGUUUGUAUAAGUAGGCGUUCCUUGUCCCAAUAAAGCCUUUGAAACUUGGUCUUUUUAUUUUUAUAAAUUUAUUGCCGUAAGUUCCUAAAACGAUAUUUUUGUUGGCUGCGUAAACCAUGUGUGGUUGAUUUUAUCAUCAGUGAAACCUCCAUGCAUUCCUAGUCUUUC